GUCGAGGCGAUAGUUGCGCUCGAUAUUAACGCGAGGACUCGUAUCGUGGUAAAAUUGCCGGAAGAGUCGCGGAAAAGGAGGAUCGAUUCCAGUGUAUCGCGAUAGUCUACCAAGAACAAAAGGGCAGUACAGAUGAGUCGCGAGAAACGAGCUCAAAUUCUCGCGGGGUUUUACCAAAUCGGCCGGACAAUUUGGAAAAAGUGAACAAAAAAGAAGGGGGUGAAAAAGUUCAAAAGUUCACCCUAGUAUUAUAUCUAUUAUUAUAGUUAUUUAUAUUUUCAAAAAGCCAUCCCUAUUCUAAGUCGAAAUAUUGUGAUUUAAAGACUGUGAUAUUUUUCCUGAUAAGAUGUCAUCGCAGAACUACACUGAGAAAUCUCCGGAGAUUCAAGACCCGGAAAAGGCGGCACUUGUGGAUUCAGGACAUCUGUCCUCGAUUCAACCUCCAACGCUUUUGAAAAGUGAAAAAAAUCUGCUAGAAAAAAAUGGAAAUUAUAAUUAUCCCAGCGAUGAUAAAAGGUCAAGAGGUAGCGCAUUCAGGCAGGUCUUGGCAGCGCUUGUCGCACAAUUAGGCACCGUAAACACUGGAAUGGUUUUUGGUUUUUCAGCCAUCGUCAAUGCACAACUCAAAGAUUCAAAUAAUACCAUAAGCACCACUGAUAGCGAAAGAACUUGGAUUUCCAGCACAUCAGCCAUCGGCACUCCAAUUGGUUGCCUGCUCUCUGGAUACCUGAUGGACAUAUUCGGUAGAAAAGCCUCUCUCAUCGUCACAGAAGUCCCAGCCUUGAUGGGCUGGAUCCUCAUAGCUUGUGCAACAAACGUGAACAUGAUCUACGCUGGAAGAUUCUUCAGCGGUCUCGGAUCAGGAAUGGUUGGAGCUCCUGCUCGUGUUUAUGCCAGUGAAGUGACCCAGCCUCACUUACGAGGAAUGCUAACAGCCUUUGCAAGUGUUGGUGUUAGUACCGGGGUGCUAAUAGAAUAUUCCCUAGGUAGCAUGUUAUCCUGGAACGUGUGUGCUGCUGUCAGUGCCUUUCUUCCUCUCGCAGCACUUCUUCUAAUGUUCUUUUUCCCAGAGACACCAUCCUUCCUUAUCUCUCGAAACAAACCAGAAGAAGCCAGACUUUCUUUACAGAGGUUCAGAGACAAAAACUACAACCUAGAAAAAGAAAUGGACCUCCUUCUUAACUUUUCUAACAAGAAUAACAUUAAAAGACUCACUGGCUUCCGCGAAACAAUGACAGCCUUGCUGAAACCAAAUGCUGUCAAACCGUUACAAAUCUUAAUUUUGUACUUCUUGAUCUAUCAGUGGACUGGUACAAACGCUGUUACCUUUUACACAGCCCAAAUUUUCCAGGAUUCAGGAACAACCAUCAACAAAUAUUUGGCUACAGUCAUGAUAGGUGUUGUCAGACUUGUCUGUACAAUUUUAGCCUGUAUCCUUUGCAGAAGAUGUGGAAGAAGACCCUUGACAAUGGUUUCUUCUAUUGGUUGUGGCAUUUCCAUGUUGGGAUUUGGAACCUAUGAGUGGAUCAAGGUUUACUGGGUAACGAAUGACAUGCCUAUAAGCUGGAAUUGGUUCCCACUUCUUUGUCUCAUUCUGUACACGAUAGCUUGUACUCUUGGUUUUUUGGUGAUUCCCUGGAUCAUGAUUGGAGAAAUUUAUCCUGUUCAAGUCCGUGGUCUUCUGGGUGGUCUCACAACAAUGUCUGCGCACACUUUUGUAUUUACGGUGGUUCAAACCUUCCCACUGUUAAAUGAAACAAUCACGGUUCAUGGUACUUAUCUCUUGUAUGGUUUUAUAUCUAUGUUUGGAACUGUGUACUUUUAUUUGUGUUUGCCGGAAACGAAGGGAAAGACUUUGCAAGAGAUUGAGGACUAUUUUUCGGGAAGAAGUGAUUCUUUGAAAACGGGUCUCAGUAAUAAACACUGGACUAGUAAUAAGCUGAAUGUUCAAAAAGGGCAGGUGUUGCCUUAAUCAGUCGAAUUUUUGAUGUUCACCAAAUUUAAACAGGGUUGCUACAGAUCAGAAAAUUGUGGAAAGUCAGGGAACCUAAAACUGAUCGGGGGUAGUCAGAAAUGGUCAGAAAGCCCCUAAAAGAGUCAGGAAAAAUUAAAAAAGUGUCAGUAAAAAAGCAGAGAAUUUUGAAAUUCGGAUUGUGUAGCAAUUGAUUAUUUGCUAUUUAGAUAUUUAACGAUUUAGAAGAUUCCUGAUCUGCUUUAAGAAGAAACUUUUCUUCUAUGUACAUAUAUUAGAGUCUUAGUGGAAAAUUAUAUUUUAAUUAAUUUAAUUAUUAGUGAAAUGAGAGUGAAUACAAAAGCUUCCAAAACCUGGAUUUAAUUUGUCUCAGUUUCUCUUUAGAGCAAAUCAGUCCUGGAAUAUUGGAUCUCUUCGAGGAUCAUGCACCUUUUGAGUGAAACAAGGCAUAUAAAAUAAAAUUUUGUCAAUUUUGACAAUAUUUAACUUUAAAUUAUUUUCCCAAAUUGUAUUUUGAGACUUAUGAAAUUCCGUUCCAAUUAGGGAUCGUCAAUAUACUACGUUAGCACUUUACAUGUGGGGGGGGGGUCUCUUAAUACGUACGAAUGUUAACGAAUAGUCAUUUUCCUGAUGAUGAAUGUUUUUAGUAAAAAGUUAUUCUUUUAGUUUAAAAAUUCACCUUUUUCAGUUGAAAUUUCAACUUUUUGGUUGAGAACUCUAGAAUCUUAUUA